AUGGCCACACUCGCGGAAAAACGGAAACCAUCGCUGAAAGUGGCUAAGCCCGCACAGCGAUACAGACCUGGACAGAGACCGGUGCAGGCGGAGGGGAGCGAUGGCAGUGGGAGUGAGAGUGAGGAUGAGGAAGAGGAAGACGGCGACGACUAUGAGAACGAGAAUGGGAAUGAGAAUAUCACUGCUCUUGAUACUAUCGAUCAGGAUAUAAAGCCUGAUAUCAAGCCUGAUACUCGUAACAUGGCUAUCAGCACAAAUAUCAAGGAUUUGGAUAUCGGCAGAACUCAAGUCAAGCAAGAGUCUGAAACGGGCGAUAACCAAGAAAUUAGCCAAGAAAGCAGCCAAGAAAGCUCAGAAGAAAGCUCAGAAGAAAGCUCAGAAGAAGCCCCAGCACCCCGUCUUAAACCAACAUUCAUACCAAAACGCGCUCGCGAGACCACCCUACAGCAGCAGAAACAGACCCAAGAUUCAGAAGAAGCGCAAAGAAAGAGAGAAGAAGCAGAUGAAGAGCGGAAACAGGCGUCGAUUGAUAUGGUGGCUGACAGUAUACGCAGGGAGAUGGCAGAGAAGGACGCUACACAGCUCAUCCCUGAUGUAGACGACACAGAUGGUCUUGACCCACAGGCUGAAUUCGACGCUUGGAGGCUGCGUGAAUUGAAGCGUAUAGAGCGACAUGAGGUGGCUAAGAAAAUUCGCGAUGAAGAGAUGGAGGAAAUAGAGCGUAGACGCGCUAUGCCAGAACACGAACGCAUCAAGCAAGACACUGCCCUCGCUGAACAGAAGCGCGACGAGAAAUACAAAACCAGACAGGGCGGUACUUAUAUGCAGAAAUUCUGGCAUAAAGGUGCUUUCCAUCAGGAUAUGGAUGUCUUGAAGAGAGAUCUUUCUGGACCUACGGAGAAUCAAAUCGACCUUGGUAAACUCCCGCAAGUGAUGCAAGUGAGAGAUUUCGGUAAGAUCAAGCAGACAAAGUAUAAGACGCUUAAAGACGAGGAUACUAGUGUGCAGAAUACUACUAAGAAGAAGCGCGAUGACGUUGGUGAUAGUAGAUAUAGACAGCAGGAGGAUAUUGAUCGGGAGGACAGUAAGCGACAGAAGGUGUCGUAG